CGCCGCGCCGCCGCAGCCCCCGGACCCGGAGGAUUAUGAGCCAUGAGGCGGCUGCGGCGCUGGGCGUUCGCGGCGCUGCUGCUGCUGCUGCCGCUGCUCUCCCCGCCCGGUCUUGGGAUCCGGGGACCUGCCGGAGCUCUGCGCUGGCGGGUCUCACCCCAGUUGGGAGUCCUGGAAGCCCCGGAGGUCACAGAACCCAGCCGUCUGGUGGGGGAGAGCUCUGGGGGAGAGGUCCGAAAGCAGCAGUUGGACACCAGGGUCCGCCAGGAGCCACCAGGUGGCCCGCCUGUUCACCUGGCCCAGGUGAGUUUCGUCAUCCCAGCCUUCAACUCAAACUUCACUCUGGACCUGGAGCUGAACCAUCACCUCCUCUCCUCGCAGUACGUGGAGCGCCAUUUCAGCCGGGAGGGGACAACCCGGCACAGCACCGGGGCCGGAGACCACUGCUACUACCAAGGGCAGCUCCGGGGGAUUCCCCGCUCCUUUGCCGCCCUCUCCACCUGCCAGGGGCUGCAUGGGGUCUUCUCUGACGGGAACUUCACCUAUGUCGUGGAGCCCCGAGAGAUGGCCGGGCCUCGGGAAGCCCCCCAGGGACCCCUUCCCCACCUCAUUUACCGGACCCCUCUCCUCCCAGUCCCCCUCGGAUGCAGGGAACCAGGCUGCCUGUUCACUGCCCCUGCCCAUUCUGCUCCUCCGAACCGGCCGAGGCUGAGAAGGAAAAGGCAGGUCCGCCGGGGCCACCCUACAGUGCACAGUGAGACCAAGUAUGUGGAGCUGAUCGUGAUCAAUGACCACCAGCUGUUUGAGCAGAUGCGACAGUCGGUGGUCCUCACCAGCAACUUUGCCAAGUCUGUGGUGAACCUGGCGGAUGUGAUGUACAAGGAGCAGCUCAAUACCCGCAUCGUGCUGGUUGCCAUGGAAACGUGGGCAGAUGGGGACAAGAUCCAGGUGCAGGAUGACCUCCUGGAGACCCUGGCUCGGCUCAUGGUCUACCGGCGGGAGGGCCUGCCUGAGCCCAGUGAUGCCACCCACCUCUUCUCGGGCAGGACCUUCCAGAGCACCAGUAGUGGAGCUGCCUAUGUGGGGGGCAUCUGCUCCCUGUCCAGGGGUGGGGGUGUGAAUGAGUAUGACAACAUGGGGGCCAUGGCAGUGACCCUGGCUCAGACGCUGGGGCAGAACCUGGGCAUGAUGUGGAAUAAACACCGGAGCUCAGCAGGGGACUGCAAGUGUCCGGACAACUGGCUGGGCUGCAUCAUGGAGGACACUGGGUUCUACCUGCCCCGCAAGUUCUCGCGCUGCAGCAUCGACGAGUACAACCAGUUUCUGCAGGAGGGCGGCGGGAGCUGCCUCUUCAACAAGCCCCUCAAGCUCCUGGACCCGCCUGAGUGCGGGAACGGCUUCGUGGAGGCGGGGGAGGAGUGCGACUGCGGCUCGGUGCAAGAGUGCAGCCGCGCAGGCGGGAACUGUUGCAAGAAAUGCACCCUGACCCACGACGCCAUGUGCAGUGACGGGCUCUGCUGUCGCCGCUGCAAGUACGAGCCGCGAGGCGUGUCCUGUCGAGAGGCGGUGAACGAGUGCGACAUCGCGGAGACCUGCACCGGGGACUCGAGCCAGUGUCCCCCUAACCUGCACAAGCUGGACGGUUACUACUGUGAUCAUGAACAGGGCCGCUGCUAUGGAGGUCGCUGCAAAACCCGGGACCGGCAAUGCCAAGCCCUUUGGGGCCAUGCGGCUGCUGAUCGCUUCUGCUAUGAGAAGCUGAAUGUGGAGGGGACAGAGCGUGGGAACUGUGGGCGCAAGGGGUCAGGCUGGGUCCAGUGCAAUAAACAGGAUGUGCUCUGUGGCUUUCUCCUCUGCGUCAACAUCUCUGGAACUCCUCGGCUGGGGGACCUAGGAGGGGACAUCAGCAGUAUCACCUUCUACCACCAGGGCAAGGAGCUGGACUGCAGGGGUGGCCACGUGCAGCUGGCCGAUGGCUCAGACCUGAGCUAUGUGGAGGACGGCACAGCCUGCGGGCCCAACAUGCUGUGCCUGGAUCAUCGCUGCCUGCCAGCCUCUGCCUUCAACUUCAGCACCUGCCCAGGCAGCGGGGAGCGCCGCAUCUGCUCCCACCACGGGGUCUGCAGCAAUGAAGGGAAGUGCAUCUGUCAGCCAGACUGGACAGGCAAAGACUGCAGUAUCCACAACCCCCUGCCCACGUCUCUGCCCACGGGGGAGACCGAGAGAUAUAAGGGUCCCAGCGGCACCAACAUCAUCAUUGGCUCCAUCGCCGGGGCUGUCCUGGUUGCAGCCAUCGUUCUAGGCGGCACGGGCUGGGGAUUUAAAAACAUCCGCCGAGGAAGGUAUGACCCGACCCAGCAGGGGGCAGUGUGACGCCGGCCACGUCAUCCCUCCCGCUGUCCCUGUCUCCUCCAUCUCAUUCGUCACCUCGCAUUCUGUUGAUGGGAAGCUGGGGGCUGAUUCCCCACCCCCGCUGUCACUGCUGUCACUACAGGGGUGGGAGAAUCCACUCUGGGAAGCAAGUUCUUAGCCUGCCCUUGCCCCUUUCUCUAGCUGCCCAUCUCCUCAGGCCUGGUCCAUUUAAUCCUGCCCUGCUUAUGGCCAGACUACCCCUGGCCAGGUGGACCCUGGAGCUGUGCACACUGCAGCCCCUGACCCCUGGGAAGAGAGCCUACUUCUGUGUCCCAUCUGUUUUGUCUUCCAUGUCACCACUGUCUCACCUCCUACCAGAUCCCCUCCCUGGCCAGCCUGUGACUUGCCACCUCCAGGGCCCAGCCCUGACCUCCCAGGGCCUGGCUCAGGGGCUAUCCCUCUGGGCCCUGCCUCAUAUCCUCCCUUGAUGCCCCCUCUCCAUUCCAGGUCUGGAGGGGCCUAAGUGCCACCCCCCUCCAUCCAAGCCUGACACCCACCGUCUCCACCCUGAACCACGAGGCUGCCCCUGCCCAGCCAUGGAGGGAGGCACCAUGCAAAUGUCUUCCGGGCUCAAGCCCUUCAAGUCCUGGCCCCACUGGGCUUUGGGUGGGGGGCUGUGGCCCUGUCCUUCACACCCCCAGGGUGGACCAGGCCUGGAGGGCCUUUCAUGGUCCCCCACCCCACCUCAUGUGGCUUGGCCUUGCACACCACCUCUCCCUGUGUGAAUGUAGCUUCCAUCAUCACAGAUUGCCACAGCUGAAGUCGGGGGGUGAGGGUUAGAGGGAUGGCCCCUCUCAAAAACAGGCAGCUGGGACCAGGGUCUUAGCUCUCUGGGACUUAGGGGGAGGGGGCCGACAUCUACAUUUCUUUUUAACUGAAUCUUAACUGAUGAAUGUAACCUUGGGGUGCUGGGCCAGGGCAGUUGUGGGGAUCUUUUGACAUCUGUGGGCCCGGAGGAACUGAGGCAUGGCCAUCCCCCGGGCCCUCCCCUGGGAUGAUCACUCUAGAGUCCUCUCACUGAACACAGACGUCCCCAAGCCAGGCAGGGGCCAGGCGUCCAUGCUUGCCUCCUCCGCCCAGUCCAGCUGAGCCUGGAGAGAAGUCCGAGUGCUGAUUCAAACCAAAGCUGCCUGUUCCGUGCCCAGGGCCUCAGUCCUGGGUACGGCAACCAUAAGUCCCAGAUUGUCUUCAAUUCCAAAAUGACCGUCCUGCUGUCCCUGCCAGGACGCAUGUAUUUGGGGGUCUAGAAAAUACAGUCCCUGAAAUAAAAUGGCACCUUCCCCCUUUCAAGAAGGGUGAUUCUGGGGCUGACUCAGGGUUUAGAUGCCUUCUGGCGCGCCUAGAGGUCCCAGGCUGGGCCAUCCUCCCAGGGAGGACUCUCCCAAGUAGGAAGGCCAGGGGUGGCUCAGUGCCUGGAGAGCUAGGGGCCCUGCCUGUGAUGUGCAAGAGGAGGUAACAAAAGGCAGGUCUCAUGUACGAUCCUCAGCUUCUAGAAAAGUUCUCAAGGCCCACUCAACCUAUUCUGCUCCUUACCCCAUUCCAGGGCCGAGUAGUAAGUUUACAGUUGUUGUCCCCAUUAUGUCCUCUGAUCCCCCUGCAGCCAAGCCUGAGAGACAGGCUGAGGCCGGGCAGAAUUCCUCAGUCCUCCAACAAGCUGUCCUGUCCAUGGCCUUCCCUCAUGACCCUCGCUUGGGACAGAGGAGCCCUGGCUCCUCAACUGCUGCAAACCAGCUGCAGGGCCAAGAUGGGGGUCAAGCUACCUUAUGGAUGAAAGCCACAAAAGAAUGGAGCCCCUCUCCUCAGGGAUACCCCACCUGGACUCAGCAGGGGUUUCUGAACACCCCAGGGCCUUCGAGCUGCCUGCUUCAGUCCCUCUGUUUCUGGGGCAUCUUUGAGGAGGAAUCAUGGAGGAAAUGGCUCCCUGUUUAUCUGUACCACCCCUCAGGGCAAACUGGGGGCUGAGACCCAUUGACACCCUUUUGGGUGGCUGGAUGCAGCUACAGCCGGGUCCUCAAUACUGAGCUCCAGCUGGCACUGCCAAAGAAGGGGGGUAGGUGGGGUACCCCUCCGGCCAGUCGUGCUCCACCAGCCCCACAAGCUGGGGCAGGGGCAGGAGGGUAAGGGCUGGGUUUUGCACUAUUGCUGUGAUAUCUUAAGGCGUCCUCUGGUGGUACACACGUGCACACAGGUGGCGAUGCAUCUGGCACAAGCAAUUGGAUCCACAUCUCUGUACAAGGGUGAACAGCUCUGCGCACGGGCAUUGCUGUGUAUGCACAUAUGUGGGGGUGGGAAUGAGGCUGUGGAGAACGCUGGACUUCCUGUGACCAGUCCACCUGGCUCCCAGCUGUCUGCAUCCUUCUGCCCCACCCUGGGAGUGCCCACCCUGGCAGGGCCCAGGGCGGAAUGGAGGCUGCAGUGGCCUGGGCCUAGAACUGGCUCCAUACAACACCCUGUAAAUAUGUCAUCUGGGAUUUGGGGUGGGGAGGCAGGGACAGGAACAUCAAUUAAAGAUCAUGUCCUGGGGCUUCCAUGGAGCUCACACCAACCUGUGUCUCUCCUUUCUGUAAAUGACUACACUGUGACCGGGACCCUUCCCUGUCCUCCCUGGCAUGAGACUGAAUGCGGGAAGUGAGCACCCAAGACGGGGCUCUGGGAGGAAGGGGCAUGCGUAGUCCAUUUACGUAGGGGCAUACUUCCAUUCACGGCCAGGAAAUAGGCCUUUCCACUCCUCGGCUCUCCCCAGCAAAGAUAAC